AUUAAGUGGUUGUAGUGUCUCAAAAUUUAGAUCAAAGGUAAAAUUAGAACCAGAUAAGCUAUGAAAAUAAACAGUCAUUACCCGUAUUUGCUCAGCGUUCAAUGGUAUUAUGACAUUCAGUCAUCAUAAAAUAAACUCGUUGACUUUAUUUGCGAAGAGACGGAACGCAAAUCCACUUUUAUCACUACAAUACCUGUUAUUGUCAUUAGAAGUUGAUAGCAAAUUCUACUCGCUAACAACAUUUUACGUUCGUAAGACGUCUGUAAUAAGUUUUGCUUCACAAUUUACAGUAUUUAAAAUGAGAAAUGCAUCUACUUCGCCAGUUUCGCCUUUGUAUUUUAAUAUUGCUGAAUAUUGCCUAUUCGGUAUAAACUUAGGAGUGAUAAUUGGGAUCAUACUAUAUUUUAAUGUAGUGAAUAGAAAAUACAAUUCAGUGAAUGGUUUUUUGUUUGGUGGUAAAACUAUGUCAGUUUUAUCAAUUUCACUAGCACUCAUAGCCAGUCAUUUAACCAGUAUUACGUUACUGGGAGUUCCAGUAGAAAUAUAUCUUCGUGGUACUCAGUACUGGGCGUCCGCGCUAUCUCUGAUUAUUGUGACCAUCCUAACAGCUGUCAUUUACUUACCAGUGUUCCACAAAUUGCAACUGACUUCGAGUUUUGAAUAUUUGGAAAUAAGAUUCUCAACACAUACACGUGUUAUUGCCGCAGUUUUGUUUGUUAUAAGCAAGUUGAUGCUGCUACCAAUUGUGCCUUAUGUUCCACUAAUGGCAUUUAGAUUAGUGACCAACCCUUUUGCUGGUCGAGUCACAGCUGUUAUUUGCGUCACAUGUGCUACGUUUAUUGCAAUUGGUGGAUUAAGAGCCAUAGUGAGUAUCGGAAUCGUAACGUCAUUCUUGGCAUUGGCAGGCACAGCUUUACCAAGUGGUUUGGCCUUACUGCCAAUGGGAUUCAGUAAGAUGUGGGAAAUAGCUAACAUGGGAGGACGACUAGUGCUAUACGAUCCAGAUCCAGAAUUGGCUCACCAUACAUCUUUCUUCGCAGUAACAUUGGCUCUAAGCACAAACUGGCUCUGGAAAAUAGCUCUCAGUCCGUCAUCUCUUCAGAAACUUCAAGCUGUACCAACAAUUAACAAAGCAAGGAUAUGCCUCACAGUGUCAUGUUUUGGAGUUAUACUUAUGAAAUUGUUGUCUUGCUUCCUCGGACUGGCACUCUAUGCUUGGUUCGCUGGCUGCGAUCCUUUGCUGACUGGAAAAAUCAAGAACCACGAGCAAUUAGUUCCACAGUUUUUGCAUGGUUUAUCAGAAAUGUUUCCAGGGAUAUGUGGAAUCUUCAUAAUAUCAAUAUUCAGUGCCACAACAGGGUGCAUCGCCACGUUAAUUAAUUCAAUAGCAGGUGUUUUGUUUGAGGAGUUUAUUAGACCAUGGAUGCCGCAAAGAACAAACGAAAUGACAUGCUGUAAAAUUAUGAAGGUGCUAUGCAUCCUCGUAGGCUUGUACAGUGCCGGCGUGGUCUGGUCUGCCAAGGAGCUGGAUCGACUGCAGCACGUGGCUUCAGGAGUGACAGGAGUUACAGCAGGGACUCUAUUGGGGCUCUUCACCUUGGGCAUUGUCGUCCCGAGAGCUAAUUGCUCGGGCGCUCUGAGCGGAUGUCUACUUAGUCUGAUGCUUUGCGGCUGGCUGCUCGUCGGCGCUGAAAACGCUUUGGCAACGGGAGCAUUGACCUUUCAAGGCAAGCCAUUGGCAGUAUCUGGAUGUGGAAAGACCAACUUCACGCACGUCCUGGCCAAUAUCAGCAAAGUUCCCAAUGCAGCGUCAAAAUUACCUACGAAGCCCCUGCAGUCUCUCUUCCGGAUCUCCUUUACGUAUUGCCCAUUCGCAGGGGCUAUUGCUGUCCUCCUCAUCGGUGUGCCAAUGAGUUACUUGACUGGUAAACCGAGGACCGAGUCAAUGAACCCCGACGUAUUCUGCCCCCUGACGCAGAGCAUCUUGAACAAGUCACAGAUGAGAAGUCCGGCUUCCUCCUGUGAAAUACGACCACCGGAUACGCAAGAGGUGUACUUGGCGUUGGACGAAGCCCUGAAACAUUUAAAAGAGGUUAUAGAACGAUAAUAAAAAGUUUUCAUGUUUUGGUAAUUUUCUUUUUUAUUCUUACUAGCGAGAGUUUGCUGGGACUGUGCUGAAUUUCACAUUUAGUUAUUUAAAGUCAUAAAUGUCGUUAUGGAAACUUUGCCGAAGAGCGCUUUAUAGAUAGAUCAAGGCUCGUAACUUUUUGCGCUAACGCUAUAAAGACAGUGGCGCCACAGUUGUUGUAUUAAAAAACCGGCCAAGUGCGUGUCGUGCCACGCGCAGUGUAGGGUGCCGUAGUUGCCUGUAGUUUCCACAAUAUAUUUUCGUGAUUACAUGAGUCUUUAUUUUCCAUAUCGGAAAUUAUAAA